CUUCUUCAGAUGAACAAAACGAUAUUUAUUUUAUUAAAAAAAAAAAAAUAGCUAGAGUUUGGUUUCUUACGAGUAUCUCCUUAAAGGCGUAUCUGAAUCCGAAGAGAUGGAAUCACCGGAGAACAGUGUUGGUUUCGAUUCCGACGGCUCGUUAGAGACGGCGGAGAGGAUAAUACUCCGAUGGGACUCAACAGCUUCCGAAGAAGCGAGAGGGAAGAUGAUAUUCCAGAGCGAUCGUGACGAAGUAGAUCGGUUCUUGAGAGCCGUAGAUGAAAUCCAACGGUCCGUGUCAUCUCUCUCCUUCUCCUCUCCUCCUUCCUUCUCCUCCUCCUCCGCCGCCACCGAUGACCAAGAAGUCAAAGCCAACUCAGCUCUCCAAAUCGCGAUGGCUAGGCUCGAGGAAGAGUUCCGCAACAUCCUCCUCUCCCAAACAUCCGUCUUCGAGCCCGACUCUCUCUUCCUAGAGGAGUCAUCAGUCUCCGGAGAAGACAGCACUGACGCUCCCCCCGAAGAAGAAGAAGAAGGUUCCGAUUCCGGUUCCGGUUCAAGCCGGUUAACGCGUAGGAGAAGCAGUUACAGAUCCACAAGCAGCAUACGCGAGAUGGAUCUCAUCUCCCCCGAAGCAGUUUCCGACUUGAGAUCGAUCGUUCAGAGAAUGGUCGCCGCCGGCUACUCCCGCGAGUGCAUCCAAGUCUACGGAAACGUCCGCAAAUCCGCCGUGGAUACGAUCCUCAAGCAGCUCGGGAUCGUCAAGAUCAGCAUCGGAGACGUGCAGAAGCUCGAGUGGGAAGUGGUGGAAGGAAAAAUCAGGAAGUGGAUCCGCGCGGCUAAGGUCUGCGUGAGGAUCGUCUUCUCAAGCGAGAAGAGACUCUGUUCCGACCUCUUCGACGAAGAAGCGAUGGGUGACACGUGUUUCAUGGAGACGGUGAAGACGUCUGCUCUACGCCUCUUCACUUUCCCCGAAGCGAUAAGCAUCAGCAGAAGAUCGCCCGAGAAGCUCUUCAAGAUUCUCGAUCUGCACGAUGCUAUGGGUGACAUGUUGCCCGACAUCGAAGCGAUCUUCGACUCGGAUGAUUCAUCAUCGCGAGCCGUCUACCUCCAAGCUUCCGAGAUUCAGACGAGGCUCGCGGAGGCGGCGAGAGGGAUACUCUCCGAGUUCGAAAACGCCGUUCUCCGCGAGCCUUCUGUGGUCCCCGUCCCUGGAGGGACUAUCCAUCCUUUGACGAGGUAUGUGAUGAACUAUAUCAGCUUGAUCUCUGAUUACAAGCAGACUCUCAACAACCUCAUCGUGUCGGAUCCCUCGACCGGAUCCGAUCCCAACCCCAACGCGCCGGUGAUUGACUUCACCGAGCUGGACGGUAAGUCACCGUUGGCUUUGCAUCUGAUAUGGCUGAUCAUGGUGCUGCAUUUCAACUUGGAAGAGAAGUCGCACCACUACAGAGACGCGUCCCUAGCUCACAUAUUCAUCAUGAACAACAUUCACUACAUAGUCCAGAAGGUGAAAGGAUCGCCGGAGCUGAGGGAGAUGAUCGGAGACCAUUAUUUGAGGAAACUCACUGGGAUAUUCAGACACGCGGCCACGAACUACCAGAGAUCCACGUGGGUCAGAGUGCUGAAUAGCUUGAGAGACGAAGGGUUGCACGUGAGUGGGAGUUUCUCCUCUGGUGUGUCGAGAAGUGCGUUGAGGGAGAGGUUUAAAGCGUUUAACGCGAUGUUGGAAGAUGUCCAUAGGAGUCAGUCUACGUGGUCGGUUCCGGAUGCGCAGCUUAGAGAGGAGCUGAGGAUAUCUUUGUCUGAGCAUUUGAUCCCGGCUUAUAGAUCGUUUCUUGGGAGGUUUAGGGGGAAUAUAGAGAGUGGGAGACAUCCGGAGAACUACUUGAAGUAUUCGGUUGAAGAUAUUGACAGGAUCGUUCUUGAUUUCUUUGAAGGGUAUGCACACCCGCCAAACUUGAGGAGACGAUGAUGAAAGAAGAAGAUUUGGAGAGGUUACUUUUGUCUCUUUUUGUUUUGUUUCUUGGUUCUCAGCCAUGUUAGGGUGUUGUUGUAGGAUAGAUCCAUUCUUUGAAUUUUUAUUCACGGGUCCGUUCCCUAUUGUGCCCCGAUGGAAUAAUCUCCCAGGUAAAACAUACAUUUGUGUUGUUGUUUUGUGUCAUACGUAUACUCUCUUCUUUUAAUCAAAUCGUGCAAUGUCCUCUAUUCUUUUGAUCAA